AUGGCUAUAAUUGAUGCUUACGAGGUUAACGUGCUUACACUUACUGAUAUUACAAAGAAGAAGUACCGAGAAGCAACAAGAACAAGAUGGGAAGCAUUGCCUGAAUACGAAAUACCUGGGCCGAGACCCAAGCAGACAAAAGCCGAUUGUUGUCAAAGGUACAUAAGUGCACAGUCAACAAUCGAUCCUAGCUUCGGCCACGAUAUACUCACCGAGUUUGCGGUUGACUUCAAAGUUCGUUGUGGUUUCACAUUCGCCGACAACGACGGAACUGAAUUUCUGGUCUUUCGAACAUACCUUGAUGAUAACAAGAUUGGGUCAGCUUUUGUCAAGCGUGAAAGAUGGGAACGAUCUGGAACCUACCGUGUCAGGAAGCGGAGUCGUCGCUACUGGCUUGCAGUGCAACAGAAAUGGAUCGAGCAGAACUGGACAUUCGACUCUGGCCUGCAUGGGACGUUGAGAAUCGAAGUAUGGAGAGAGCGCACCAGAGCGCCAGCCAUUGGUAGCUGGAACAAUCCAGAUCUACCCACUGACAACAACGAGUUCGGAGACUUCAUAGAUCUGGCAGAUGAAACCAUCAGCCUCAAGACUAAAGGAGCAAGAGUACGCCACGCUAGCAGGAUCGAUCCACGGCCUAUGGCAACAUUCGAAUUUGAGUACAGAAGUCAAGAUACACUCAGGCAAUUGGGAAUACUGGAAACGCCCAAGGACACGAUUGACCUAACGUUCGAGAGUGGUACAGAACAAGUCACUCAUUCCGGGACAAUCUCUCAAGACUACUCACCUGUGAUUGCAAAUGGCCAUUCUGAUCUGGUUCUAGACAUCAACACAGACUGCAGCAGUUCAGACCUGCACAAUCUCUUUGAAAGCAAUCCCCUUCCCUACAUGUGCGAUGUGUGUCCACGGAGCACUAAGUCACUUACGAGCAUGAAAAUACAUAGAAGCUUGGAUCAUUCUUUACCUUGGGAUACUAAACUGGAGCAGCAGUACUGGUGGCGACCAACACUACAGAAGAAAUCAUUUUGGACUCACAAGCGUGCUAGCUUAGCAAUAGAUAUCCCGCAGGACCUGGAAACAUUGGCCGAAACGGAUCGCAGAUCACAAGAGACGAGCAACUAUCAGUCCGUCAUGUUCCAGCAAGACCACAGCAGUAUUAACAAGCCCGCCAGGCUUGGUCGAGGUUUACAUCUAUCCUCUUCUCAUCCUUCUCCAGCUACUUACUAUCCUCGACAACAAGAAGAGGAAAAGAAGCAGUCUUCAGCAAUUCCUCUGUCUUAUCUUACUCAAAAUACGCUGUCGGCCGGCCUCGGGCUCUCAUACCCCACGAGGGUCAACGCGAACGACGUUGAUCAUGUUACAUCAGUACUGGACGAGAAUAGCGGAUUGUUGAAACAUGAGUUGAACGAUCCAGGUAUCAAUGCACCAGACGGGCUCCUUGGCAAUGGAAACUACCUAGACCCUAAUAUGUUAUAUCCGGACGACUUCCUGCCCACAUACAUGACACAACACGGCUAUCUGAGCAAUUGUCCUCACCGCGCUUCAGAUGCUCCGGCGACCAGCGUUGACAUUGUGGAUUUGACCAUGUUUGAUUGA